AUGCCUGGAAAGUGUGUGCACAAGGGCUGCGGCAAGACUUUUGCCGACGACAAUGAAGACUGUGUCUAUCAUCCUGGUCCACCAGUCUUCCACGAAGGCCAGAAAGGAUGGAAAUGCUGCAAACCCCGCGUCCUGACCUUUGACGAAUUCAUGACCAUCCCUCCCUGCACAACCGGCAAACACAGCACUGUAGACGACACAACCACCGAAGAACCCAAAACCGCUGCGGCCGAUGCACCUACACUGGCAUCCACAUCUGCAACUCCCUCUGAACCAGCAGCACCAGCUCGCGCACCCACAGCACAAGCCCCACAACCACCUGCCUCGCCCGCGCCCCCAGAAGACGAAGACGACGACCCAAACACCCCCAUCCCCGCCAACGCGACCUGCAAGCGCAAAGCCUGUGGCGCAACACACAAAGGCUCNCCCCGCAGCGACGACGAAAACUGUAGUCAUCACCCCGGAGCUCCAAUCUUCCACGAAGGCAGCAAAGGCUGGUCAUGCUGCAAGCGCCGCGUUUUGGAGUUUGACGAGUUCCUACGUAUCCCCGGCUGCAAGACUAAAUCACGCCAUCUGUUCGUAGGCGCAAAGAAAGACGACGGAGAGGAAAAGUUGGAGAGUGUGAGACAUGACUUUUACCAGACACCUGACAAAGUGAUGGCUUCGUUGUACCUGAAGAAGAUCGACAAGGCAAUCUCAAAGGUCGAGUUUCAGGACAAAGCCGUGGACUUGGAUUUGAGGACGAGCGAUCGUAAGAGGUUCCAGCAGGUCGUGCCGCUGUUUGGCGCCAUUGACAAGGCAAAGAGCGAGUUCAGUAUCAUGGGCACAAAGCUAGAGUUGAGGCUCGUCAAGGCAGAUGGUGCUUCUUGGCCAGUGUUGCGUGGAGACGAGAAGCACACUGGCGAGAUUAUCCAGAUGGGCCGCGCAGGAAGAGCAUAA